UAUAUAAAUAAAAAUAUAAAAGGUCGUUUAAAACAUACCAAUAAAAAUUCAGAUUUCAAUAAUAUUAAUAAAAAGGUUUAUUCAACGUUAAUUGAUAAUAUAUUUAAAUUAGAUCAUUUUAAAAAUACAUACCCUAAAAAAUAUAAUCACAAACACUAUAAAUUUCCGCGAAGGACUAAAAGGGUCAAAACAUACUACAUCAAAGAUAGAAAUCCAUUCGUAAUAACGGAUACUACAACUGGUAAAAUAAGAGGCAUUCGAUCUUACCCUUCGCAUCUUACGGAUCGUGAGGAUUUAUCAGUCGAUACCUACUUAGGCAUACCUUUCGCUCAACCCCCGGUCGGUAUCUUACGAUUUAAAGCACCCCUACCAGUGAAGCCCUGGAGCCAUAUAUACAAUGCUACUAAAUUGCCAAAUUCUUGCGUCCAAACACUUGAUACAGUUUUCGGGAACUUUACAGGAUCUGUUAUGUGGAACGCCAACACUUAUUUAAGUGAAGACUGUUUGUACUUAAACCUAUGGGUACCUCAUGAUCAAAAUUUAAAUUAUCGCAAUAACUUGUUGCCAAUAAUAGUAUGGAUAUACGGUGGUGGUUAUUACAGCGGUACCAUAACUCUGCCAUUGUACGAUGGUAGUAUUAUGGCUUCAAAAAUGAGAGUUAUUGUCAUGUCAAUGAACUACAGAUUGGGUUCCUUGGGGUACCUUUAUCUAGGCAACAAGGAAGCUCCCGGUAAUCAGGGACUUUGGGAUCAAUUACUAGCUAUGAAGUGGAUGAAAGCAAAUUCCAAAAACUUUGGUGGCGAUCCCAAUAAAAUAACAUUGAUGGGGGAAUCAGCGGGGGCAUCAAGUGUAGCUUUUCAUCUUUUAUCACCUCUAAGUAAGGAUUAUUUUAAUUAUGCUGUUCUGCAAAGCGCGUCAGCGACUUCCCCAUGGGCAUUGGUUAACCCUCAAGAAGCUAUUCACAGAGGUCUACUUCUAGCCGAUUCCAUGAAAUGCCCUUAUAAAACACGGGAUAAGAUAUUUGCCAUAUUGGAUUGCCUGAGGAACUUUAACCAUUCAAUUAUACUUGAAAGAGAGUUCGUAACCAACAAAGUAAUGCAGUUUUCUUUCGUACCAGUGGUAGAUGGAAAAUUCCUGGUCUCUCAUCCUCGACGCUUGCUAGAUGCAGGACUAUUUAAAAGAACUCCCAUACUAUUGGGUACCAACUUAAACGAGGGCACAUCCUUCAGCAUUUAUUACCUAGAUAAAAUGUUCCAACCUCUUAGAAAAGAUGUAAGCUAUCUGACAACAGCCGACAUCUCAACUGCAGCUAAGGACAUAUACUGGCAUCUCAAUCCUAUAGCACAAGAUGCAGUGUAUUUUCAUUACAAUGACUGGGAAAAUUUGAACCACACGGAUGCUCUUCAGGCUAUCGAUCGAAUGGCUGGAGAUUUCUGGUUUACGUGUAAUGUCAAUGAGUUUGCCAGUAUUUACGCUUUUGAAGGAUCUCCCGUUUACAUGUAUCAAUUUGCUCAUAGGUCUAGCCAAAAUCCAUGGCCGAUUUGGAUGGGUGUUAUGCAUGGUGAUGAAAUUUCCUAUGUCUUCGGAGAACCCUUUAAGAAAGAUGGGGACUUUUUGGAGGAAGAAAGAGAUUUGAGCAGAAGAAUGAUGAGAUAUUGGACUAACUUUGCUGCCACUGGUAAUCCCAACAUAUCACCCGAUGAUGGCUUCGUCGAUAUAAAAUGGCCAUUAUACACCGCAUAUCAGAAAAACUUUUUAAAGUUAACCAUGAAUAUGAGUAUAACGACCAAUCAUGUGCAUAAUGGACCAAGCAUGAAAAGUUGCGCAUUUCAAAAACUAUACUUACCUCAAUUUAACCAAGAAAUAGAAAACUUGAAAAAACAACCGUGUCUUGUCAAAUCUCCUAAUAGCACAUCCUUAUUGCAAAAGUCUCCAAUUUUGAUCAUCUUGUGUUUAAUAUUUAUACAUCAAAUUUUUUAUAUAACUUGAAAAGCUGAAGAAAAAUUGGGAAUAACUAUACUUAAAUAAUCCAUUUGUCUGAAAAA